AUGCCUCUUUCUACUCCUCGUGACAAAGCUGCUGUCCCAGCGGCCUUGGUCAAGCCUGAAGUGGAAGUUUUCAUCACCAAGAUUGCAGUUCCGUUUGGGAACAAAGCUGCCCCGCAACGAAGCUACCCUAAUGGCAACCCUCUAUCGCCGUUCUCCUGUGUGAAGAGGGACGAUAUGACUCUUACCUGGGACGCCGCCAAAGCGCAUGGCCUCAUUCAACUGGGGAGACUCAAUGGAUCCAGAACGGAAUCCCCGUACCUUAGCUUGUCCGAUAUGCAGAGUUCCGAAGGCACCCCUGAAGGUUCUGGCAAUGGAUGGAGCGUCUAUGAGUUCACCGACCUAUUAGCCGGACUAGAUGACUACAACCGCAAACAUCAUCGUAGAAAGAUACUAGAGAUUAUAGAGGCCGUGCUGUCCAACUACGUACCCCAGCUACAGCAGCUACUACGUACAAUUGUAACCACACGUUCCGAUCACUCGACUAUAGGUGGUGAACUUGAUUCUCUUGAGGCCCUUGACAACCUCCUAGCCACCUAUGCGCUCGACAAAAACGCCGGUGCCAACCCAAUUUCCAACGCAACGUAUCAUUAUCAGCGGCCAGAAGCUUUACCAAGACUACUGCGGGAAGCUUCCCGAAGGCCGCCCCUACGACCGCUUAAGUGCGGCCAUCCUUCGUGGAUUGAAGAACAACGGGUCUACCGGGCCUUGUGGCGUCUACAAUUCUACUUCGACCUGGUGACGAUCACCAGACCAAGCCUAGCCAUUCCUAAUCAAGUAUGGGACCUGCUCAAGAACGAAGGACCGCACCGCGUCUGGGGUGGGUUCAAAUGCUUAUGGGAGCUUGACGAGAUGGACCAGUGUCUAUGA